AUGAAUGAUGAAUUUGAUUCAACAUCAAUGAUUAAUAAUGAAAAACGAACAUCAGCUGCUAAACUUGUGAAUCAAUUAUAUUUUUUUCCGAUUAGAUAUAUCCUCAAUAUCAAUGAUACAAUAAAAAGUGAUGAUGAAUCACGGAUUAGUAUGAAAUAUGCUACAUUACCAUGUUUAUCGUAUUUAUCAACAAUUCCAUACAUUUGGUUAUCUUUACUGAAAUGUGUUGAUAUGGUUCGUUGUAUUUGUUUACGACAUGAUGAUCAUAAUAUUGUAUCAAGUUCAUUGGAAACACUUGAAAUUAUACUUAAAUAUCCAAAUUUAUUUGAUUUCAAUGAAUUAUUAAUUUCAAUUUAA